AUGGUGGUGACCACGCGAAGUGGACGAGGCAGUGAUGUGCAUGCCUCAAGAGAGAAUCAUGUCAUGAUGGAUGAAGAUGAGUUGCGUGAUGAUGAUAUGCCUACGGUGGUUGAGGAUGUAGUGGAACCAAGUGUGAGAAAUGAUGUGCGAAUUGACAUUCAUGAGGUUGAGGAGGAGACACAAGAGAACGUGAACCCGUCUAGGGAACAUGUGAUAGAUAUGCCCGAGCCGGAGGUGCCCAAAGCCAAGGCACCCUUGCCUAGGCCUCCUCCGCCCUACCCUCAACGUUUGGCCAAGCAAAAGGGUGAUAACCAAUUUAAGAAAUUCAUUGAGAUGAUGAAGAGUUUGACUAUCAAUGUGCCUUUGGUGGAGGCACUCGAGCAAAUGCCGAGGUAUGCGAAAUUCAUGAAGGAUUUGGUUACAAAGAAGAGAUCAAUGGAGUGUGAGACAAUCAAGACGACCCAUCAAGUGAGCACAAUUGUACACUCCAUGGCUCCUAAAUUUGAGGACCCCGGUGCAUUCACUAUCCCAUGCACUAUUGGAAGCGCCGACUUUGCAAAAGCCCUUUGUGACUUGGGGGCGAGUAUUAACUUAAUGCCAUAUUCGGUUUCCAAAACUUUAGGAAUCGGGCAACCUCGCCCGACUUCAAUGAUGCUCCAAAUGGCGGAUAGGUCAAUGAAGCGGCCUUUGGGUAUAAUCGAUGAUGUCCUUGUUCAUGUUGAUAAGUUCAUCUUGCCGGCCGACUUCGUGAUACUAUAUUGUGAGGUGGACUUUGAAGUCCCAAUUAUCCUUGGAAGACCUUUCCUAGCAACGGGGAAGGCUUUCGUUGAUGUCGAGGCGGGAGAGUUGACUUUCCGAGUUGGUGAUGAAAAGGUGGUGUUCCAUGUGUGA